GAGGACAUUUAUAAGGCCAAAGGUGUAAGCAUCACGUUCGCUCCACGAACCUACAAGUUCAAAGAGAGCCUUAAAUAUGAGCCCAAAUUGGCGAAUUCGGUGCUCAUGUAUGAUCUAAGCCAGGAUGGCUACAGAAACCUCAAUCGAAUGGAUUGCCUCAAUAUGGAGGAGAGCAAGUUUGUACUUCGCAAGCUUGCACAAUACCAUGCAGCCGGAGCACAUUGUCGUGUCAUUCAUGGGCCCUAUUCAGACGUUUUUCUCAGCCCAUGUUUGGUUCCAGCAAGGAGAGAGCCCUCACCAUACUGAACGGCAUAAUGGGACCUUUUAAGAAAAUGUUUCUAGCUCAUCUUAAAAACUUUAAGGAUGGCGACAAAUACUAUGACAAAUUUGAACAUCUUUUCUCCAAAAUGAGUCAGAAAUUCCUUAAACUAAGUACCUAUGAUCCCAAUGAGUUCAAUGUGAUUAAUCAUGGUGAUUGUUGGAUUAAUAAUCUGCUCUUCAAAUUUGGGCCGAAUAAGGAAUUAGUCGAUGUAAUUUUUGUUGACUUUCAAUUGCCAAAAUAUGGACACCCCUCAACGGAUUUACUCAACUUUAUCAUGACUUCUGUGCACAUUGAUCUCAAAUUAAAGGAAUUCGACUUUUUUAUCAAAUACUACCACGAUCAUCUGAUUGAGCACCUGCUCCUGUUGGGCUAUUCGGAGCGAAUGCCUACCUUAAGGAACUUCAUUCGCAGCUGUAUAAAUAUGGCAUCUGGGCAAUUACAGCUUCUGUUAUGGUGCUGCCAAUUGUUCUACUGGAUCCCAACGAAGAAGCACUUGAAGGUGCCCAGUUCAAGAACAUGUUGUACACCAAUAGCCGUUAUAAGACUCAUAUUGAGAAAAUAUUACCAUGGCUAG